AUGCCGAUAUCCAAGAUAUUCAAUCGGGUGAAGUCUUGGUUUUCGACCGCGCGCGGGGAUACCAGCCAUCGCUUCGAGACGUCCUGGAUCCUGUCGCCGGGGCUUCUGUUCGCCAUCCGGGCUGCCAUUUCUCUCUACGCGUUCAGCGUAGUUUUCUUUAUCAUCGGCUGGGAACUCGCGGGCCGGAGUUCCCUCUCCGUCCACGAUGUCAAUAAAUCCUUUUCCUUCUUCACGGGUACCACUGAGCCCCUCACCGUCCUCUGCUACUGGGGCCUCUGCUUCUACUUCCUCGUCGCCGCCAUCCACACCGCAUCCUACGCCACCACCAAUGGCGGCACGCCCUUCCUGAACCGCAUGUCCCGGCCCCUCCAAGCUCUCCACUCCCUCUUCUACACCACCAUCACCACCUACCCGUUUCUCGUCACCAUCGUCUACUGGGCCCUCAUCUACGGCCCCGACCACCCCUACACCAAUGCCUUCUCCCUCUGGUCCAACAUCUCUCAACACGGCCUCAACUCCGCAUUCGCCCUCUUUGAAAUCCUCCUCACGCGCACCGCGCCCCCGCCGUGGAUCCACUUCCCCUGGCUCGUCGUGAUUCUGCUCUGCUACCUCGGCGUCGCCUACAUCACCUACGCCACGAAGCACUACUUCGUCUACAGAUUCCUGAAUUUCAAGCCGGCGCAGCACGUCACGCUCCCCGGUGGUGGCACCGAGAACAUCGGCGGCGUGGGCGCGGCUGCCGUCGUGGCUUACGGCAUCGGCAUCGCGGUCGCCAUCCUGGUCAUCUUCUGUGCGAGCAGGAUGCUGAUCCAGCUGCGCCUGUGGGUGACGGAGACGAAGAUGGGGAAGCGGGGCGUCUUCUGCGUCGGGAGGGGCCAGCCGGGUGGGGACGUGGAGCUGGAGACGUCGCGGCCGUGGGAGGCUGACAAGCCGUAG